AGAGAAAGUUACCUUUCAUAUUUGCAUCACCAAAACCUCUCGUUACCUUCUAGAAAUCCAACGAAAAUCAAACUCCCACAAUUUCUUGCUACUACACCUUAGCUACUAGAAGAAGCUGACUUUUCCCUUCAAAUUUCCAUUUUUUUUUGUUUUUAUUUUUUAUUUUCUUUUUCCCUCGUUGUCCCCAUUUCUUGCAAUCUUCGCCCUUGCAUACCCACUUUGACCUUUGAAUUUUUCUCCACUCCCAUUUCUUGCCUUGUCAAAUGGAAUAUCACGACUAUUUCAUUCAAAUGUUUGAAAUAGUGCAUCAUCAUCAUGCUUGUUAUGCUUCCUAUGCACAACAAAUCAGCAAUCUUCAUUUCUCUCUAGUAUCUCCCUCUUCUCCCAAGUAAGUCUUGACAGCACCAGAGAAUUGGAAUAAUAGUAUAGCUGAGCAUUCUGUUGUAAAGAUUCAUUCUUGAUUGAGUAUUUCUUUUGCCUCUGUAGCUUUUUCUUUGUUCUUUGUUCUGUCAAUAUUUGUAUUUAUUUCUUUCUUGGCCGGCCUUUUUGUUGUUUCCUGUAGGAAGAACAAGUAGGGAGAUAGAAUAGUAGGCAGAGAUUUGGUUUCAUUUUAGAGGGGUUUUUUUGUGGAUAAAGUUGUGACUUUUUGUGAUUUUAGUUAAGAUCAACUUGUGCGUCUUCCCCGAAGUUCUGAUUUUUGUGGAAAUUGGCAUCUGGGUUUUUGGUGAAUCUGUGGGUUUUGGUGAUUUUAGGUGAUUUUGUGUUAGCUUGGGGUUGUAGUUUAGGUGAUUGUGGAGGGGUUUUUCUUGAUGAGUCUUGGGAAUUUGGAGUCCAGGCUGUUGUUCAGGGGUCUCUAAUUUUGUGCUCAUGACCACACAACAGCGUCCUCUUUUGAUUCCAUCACCAAGGACUCCGGGUGCCCCUGAGCUUCCAUAUACACCUGCAUAUGCUGAUCAGUUGAAGUCCAUUUCUGAAAACCCGAAACCAUCUUCUGGGACUGGGAUGGAUAUAAAUUCCCAAGUUGAUAAUUUGUCACUUCCUGAUAAUAUAACCCUGAAUUCAUCAUCACAACGUAGUAAUUCGUCAUAUCAGUCGAGAGCAUCAGGAAGGAAUUCUAUGAGAGAGGUGAGCUUUGCUGGAAAUUCUGUUAGGGAGUUGAACUCUGGUGAGUUAGGAAAGAAGCCGAUGAGGUAUGGAUCAAGGGCUGAAUCUGAGGGUUUAAGCAUGUCACAGAAAGAGAUUAAUGAUGAGGAUGCAAGGUUCGUCUACAUAAAUGAUCCUGUAAAGACGAACGAACGUUUUGAAUUUGCAAGGAAUUCGAUUAGGACGGCGAAAUAUUCUAUCAUCACCUUCUUGCCUCGGAACGUGUUUGAACAGUUCCAUAGGGUUGCAUAUAUUUAUUUUCUUGUGAUUGCUAUACUCAAUCAGCUUCCCCAGCUAGCUGUGUUUGGCCGGGGGGUUUCUGUUCUGCCUUUAGCCUUUGUGUUAAGUGUUACAGCAGUUAAGGAUGCCUACGAGGACUUUAGGAGGCAUCGGUCAGACAAGAUUGAGAACAAUAGAUUGGCAUGGGUUUUGGUCAAUGAUAAUUUUCAGCAGAAGAAAUGGAAAGAUAUACAGGUGGGUGAGAUCAUCAAAAUUUCUGCAAAUGAUUCACUUCCUUGUGAUAUGGUGCUCCUCUCAACAAGUGACCCAACUGGCGUUGCAUAUGUCCAGACGAUUAAUUUGGAUGGGGAAUCAAAUUUAAAGACACGUUAUGCAAAGCAGGAGACCCAAAUGAAAAAUCUUGAGAAGGAGAAGAUUAGUGGGCUAAUCAAGUGUGAGAAACCAAACAGGAAUAUAUAUGGUUUCCAGGCGAACAUGGAAAUUGAUGGGAAGCGUGUUUCACUAGGACCUUCCAACAUAGUCCUCCGAGGCUGUGAGCUCAAAAACACUAGAUGGGCCAUUGGUGUUGCAGUAUAUGCUGGCAGGGAGACCAAAGCUAUGCUCAACAGCUCAGGAGCUCCAUCAAAGAGAAGCCGCCUCGAGACACAAAUGAAUCGAGAAAUUAUUAUCCUCUCCUUUUUUCUUGUUGCACUAUGUACUAUAGUCUCUGUUUGUGCUGGUGUUUGGUUGAGGCGCCACAAGGAUGAGUUGGAUAAUAUGCCCUUUUACAGGAAAAAGGAUUACUCUGAAGUUGAAGCAGAUGGUAAUUAUGAUGAUUACAACUACUAUGGUUAUGGGCUGGAGAUAUUCUUCACAUUUCUCAUGUCAGUUAUUGUCUUCCAAGUCAUGAUCCCUAUAUCACUAUACAUAUCUAUGGAACUUGUCCGUGUUGGUCAGGCUUAUUUCAUGAUCCGAGACACGAAUAUGUAUGAUGCAUCCUCCAAUUCAAGAUUCCAGUGCAGGGCUCUAAACAUAAAUGAAGAUUUGGGGCAAAUAAAAUACGUAUUUUCUGACAAAACUGGUACACUGACUGAGAACAAAAUGGAGUUUCACUGUGCAAGCAUUUCAGGUGUAGAUUAUAAUGGUGGAACGGCCAUUGAUGAAGAUGAACAAGUGGGAUACUCUGCUCAAGUGGAUGGCCAGGUUCUGAGGCCUAAGAUGAAGGUCAAGGUUGACCCACAGCUUUUGAGUAUAGCAAAAAGUGGAAAGCAAGCUGAUCAAGAAAGUCGUGUUAGAGAUUUCUUCCUUGCAUUGGCUGCUUGUAAUACAAUUGUACCUCUUACUACAGAGACAGCUGAUCCAGCUGUGAGGUUAGUGGAUUACCAAGGGGAGUCACCCGAUGAACAGGCAUUGGUUUAUGCUGCUGCUGCUUAUGGUUUCAUGCUGAUUGAAAGAACCUCAGGCCAUAUAGUCAUUGAUGUUCAAGGAGAGACACAUAGGUUCAAUGUUUUGGGUUUGCAUGAAUUUGACAGUGAUCGGAAGAGGAUGUCUGUUAUAUUGGGCUGCCCAGAUAACUCAGUCAAGGUCUUUGUUAAAGGUGCUGAUACAUCUAUGUUUAGCGUAAUUGAUAAUUCAUUGAACUUGGAUAUUUUAGGCGCUACCGAAGCACAUCUACACUCGUACUCCUCAGUGGGUUUGAGGACUCUUGUAAUAGGUAUGCGAGAAUUAAGUGCUUCUGAAUUUGAGCAGUGGCAAUCGUCUUAUGAGACAGCGAGCACUGCUUUGAUUGGAAGAGCAGCUCUACUUCGUAAGGUUGCUAGCAACGUAGAAAGCAACCUCCGGAUACUAGGUGCCUCUGGAAUUGAAGACAAGCUCCAGCAGGGUGUCCCAGAAGCAAUAGAGUCUUUAAGAAUGGCUGGAAUUAAAGUAUGGGUUUUGACCGGGGACAAGCAAGAAACUGCUAUUUCAAUUGGCUACUCUUCUAAGCUCUUAACAACCCAGAUGACCCAGAUUGUAAUAAACUGCAAGUCCAAGGAAUCCUGCCGGAAGAGUUUGGAUGAUGCUCUGAUUGUAUCACAGAAACUUGUCCCUGACUCUGUUGCUGCACAUGCCACUGGUGGAAGUUCUGAAGCAAGUCCACUUGCACUGAUUAUUGAUGGAACAAGCCUUGUUCAUAUCCUUGACAGUGAGCUAGAAGAACAGCUGUUCCAGUUGGCAAGUAGAUGCAAUGUGGUAUUGUGUUGUCGAGUUGCACCACUGCAAAAAGCCGGUAUUGUUGCCCUCAUUAAGAACAGAACUGAUGACAUGACUCUUGCCAUUGGAGAUGGGGCAAAUGAUGUAUCUAUGAUCCAAAUGGCUGAUGUGGGCAUUGGAAUCAGUGGUCAAGAGGGUCGGCAAGCGGUCAUGGCGUCAGAUUUUGCAAUGGGCCAAUUCAGAUUUUUGGUUCCUCUUUUAUUGGUUCAUGGACAUUGGAAUUAUCAGAGAAUAAGCUAUAUGAUACUCUACAAUUUUUACCGGAAUGCAGUACUUGUUUUUGUUUUAUUUUGGUACGCGCUCUUCACAAGUUACACGCUUACAACUGCAAUGACAGAUUGGAGCAGUAUGUUGUACUCGAUUAUAUACACAGCUGUACCUACAAUAGUGGUUGGGAUUCUUGACAAGGAUUUAAGUAGAAGGACUCUAUUGAAGUAUCCUCAGCUUUAUGGAGCUGGUCAAAGAGAAGAAGGCUACAACACUACAUUGUUUUGGGUAACAAUGAUGGACACAGUGUGGCAAAGUGCAGCUAUCUUCUUUCUGCCCGUCCUUGCGUACUGGAGAAGCACAGUUGAUAUUUCUGGCUUGGGAGAUCUUUGGACACUUGCAGUGGUGAUCGUGGUUAACUUACAUUUAGCCAUGGAUGUCCUUCGGUGGUAUUGGAUUACUCAUGCCGCCAUUUGGGGAUCCAUAGUUGCAACCUUCAUUUGUGUCUUGAUUAUUGAUUGUCUACCCUCUUUAUUUGGUUACUGGGCCUUUUUUAAGAUUGCUGGAUCUGCGUUGUUCUGGUUGUGCCUACUUGGCAUUACCGUUGCUGCACUCUUGCCUCGUUUCAUUGUAAAAGUUUUCAGUCAGUAUUAUAGACCUGAUGAUAUUCUCAUUGCAAGAGAAGCAGACAAAUUUGGAAAUCUAACGGCGUUAAGAAAUGGAGAAAUAGAAUUGAACCCAAUUUUUGAUCCCCCUCGGAGAUGAGUUAAUGAAAAUUUUUCCUUGUUUAGUUUUUCUUUUUUGUACAAUUGGUCAUAUUCUUUAGGCUGCUUGAAAAGAUUUUCCUUGCUUGCCAAUGUUGUUGUUUACUGUCCAAAGGAUGGUUGUAAUACCUAGGUUUAAGUUAUUUUUUGGUACGUGUCUACAGCAGAUGUAAAUGUACAUUAUUGGUGUUCAUUACAGAAAAAUUUGAUACGAGUAUCAACAGAUUCUAUUGAUGAAGAAAUUGCAUUCAAGCCCUAUUGUAUCCCUUGCGUAUUC